AUGACGGAGUGGACUCUGCUCAAACGUCUCCUGGAUGCUGUCCACCAUCACUCCACUAUGAUCGGACGCCUGUGGCUCACUGUCAUGGUCAUAUUUCGGCUGCUUAUCGUUGCUGUAGCGACUGAGGAUGUGUACACUGAUGAGCAAGAGAUGUUUGUGUGCAACACACUGCAGCCAGGAUGUUCCACAGUUUGCUAUGACGCAUUCGCUCCCAUCUCACAGCCUCGCUUCUGGGUUUUCCACAUCAUAAGUGUCUCUACUCCGUCGCUUUGUUUCAUCAUUUACACAUGGCACAACCUGUCCAAGCAGCCUCACAACACCCCUCAGAGGCUGGGGAAAGGAAUAGAGAAUAUCCACAAAAAGGAAGGCCCUGACGCGGUGCAAAUCAGCAAACAAGAAGCGUACAAUUUGAGCUGUGACUCGGACAGCUGCUCUAUCCGCUCUCAUAAGCAUCUAGGUCACAGCUUAGCAGAUGUGAUGCAGGGCAUCACCACCCAAAAGAGUGCUGUGUCCGGUGGAGUUCUGUCCAAAUGUUAUGUUUUCCAUGUGUGCUUGCGUGCUGUCUUGGAGGUCGGGUUCGUUCUGGCCCAAUGGAAGCUGUUUGGCUUCAAGGUGCCAGUCCAUUUUCUUUGCACCUCAUCCCCUUGCAGGCAGCCAGUGGACUGCUAUGUGUCCCGUCCCACAGAGAAGACUAUUUUCCUGCUCUUCAUGUUCUGUGUAGGUGUUUUCUGUAUUUUGCUCAACCUGCUUGAACUAAACCACCUAGGCUGGAAAAAGAUUCGUCAAGCAGUGAAGCUAAGGCAGAAAGCAGCCUGGAGAAGUUGUCCAGGUAUGCAACGACAGUACAAACCAUUCCUGUCUGACAGCCCCUCUCUCAUGUCUUCUUUUGGCUUUAAGGAAGUGACCAGCACAACUUCUUUGCCAAGUCUGGACCUGAUAGUGGGUCACCAGCACGACUGGACCUGUGCAGCAAACUCUGAUAGUUUGAAGGAGUUUGUGGAAGUUGGAGAGACUAGACAGGGAAAACCAAAGAAACAUGACUCGAAAAAAAGAGAGAGACAGCUUUUAAAAUGUAAGAAGGAGGUCGAGGGAUCCAAACAGAGGAGUGCUGAGGUCUGGAUAUAG